GCGCCGUGCGGGUGGACGUGAGGCUGCAGCGGCAGGACGCUCUGGUCCUGGAGGGCGUCAGGAUCGGCCCCGAAGCCGACCCGGCGCCCCCGCUGGGCGGCCGCCUACUGCUGACCCUGACCUUGCAUCCUGUGUGGCCGACCCCGUCACCUGCCCUUGCCUCAUUCUGCUCAUUGACCCUCACUACACAGAUGGACAUCGUGGAUACUGAGCAAGAGAUGCCCGUAGAAGGCUGGAUUGCAGUGGCAUAUGUGGGCAAGGAGCAGGAAGCCCAGCUCCACCAGGAGAAUCAGGGCAGUGGUGCCCAGGCCUAUCCCAAGGCCCUGGUCCAGCAGAUGCGCCGGGCGCUCUUCCUGGGAGCCUCUGCUCUGCUUCUCCUCAUCCUGAACCACAAUGUGGUCCGAGAGCUGGACAUAUCCCAGCUUCUGCUCAGGCCUGUGAUUGUCCUCCAUUAUUCUUCCAAUGUCACCAAACUGCUGGAAGCACUGCUGCGGAGGACCCAGGCCACAGCUGAGAUCACCAGUGGAGAAUCCCUGUCGGCCAACAUUGAGUGGAAGCUGACCCUGUGGACCACCUGUGGUCUCUCCAAGGAUGGCUACGGAGGAUGGCAGGAUCUAGUGUGCCUGGGAGGCAGUCAUGCCCAGGAGCAGAAGCCCCUGCAGCAGCUGUGGAAUGCCAUCCUGAUGGUGGCCAUGCUCCUGUGCACAGGACUUGUGGUCCAGGCCCAGCGGCAGGCAUCACGGCAGAGCCAGCAGGAGCCUGGAGGCCAGGUGGACCUUCUCAAGCGCCGUGUGGUGCGAAGACUGGCCUCCCUCAAGACCCGGCGCUGCCGUCUGAGCAGAGCAGGGCAGGGCCUUGCGGAGCCUGGCACUGAGACCUGCGCUGUGUGUCUGGAUUACUUUUAUAACAAGCAGUGGCUCCGGGUGCUGCCCUGUAAGCAUGAGUUCCACCGAGACUGCGUGGACCCCUGGCUGAUGCUCCAACAGACGUGUCCACUGUGCAAAUUCAACGUCCUGGGGAACCGCUACUCAGAUGACUAGCUGCCCUGCUGGGGAUUCUGUGUGCAGAAACAGACCCUUCCGCUGCAUCCGGCCCCUAGCCUGGGCUCCUGGACAGGAUGGUGGAAUGGACAGGGUGGUCAGGCCUGUGGGUGGAAGAUGUGGGCCCCAGCAUACCAUGCUGGGAAGCAGGGACCUGCACCCCUGGCCAAACAUGCAGGCCCAGGGCCCACCAGGCCCGGGUGAGAAGUCGCCUUGUGGCCCUUUUCUGCAGUCCUGGGAUAUCUGUGUCUGCCUUGCUCACACGCGGCUCCUGGGACACUGCAGAGAGCAUGGGACCAGUGGAGCCAGGGGAUCCCCGAGGGCUAAGGCUCCGUGGCUGUGUUUUAUGCUUAUUUAUUGGGGCAGAGGUGGAUUGAGGAACAAGCUAUCUGGCCUUGGCGCACCCUGGCCUGACUGUCUCUCAAGAUAGUCUUGGUCAAGGCUGUCAUGUUAAACCCAGAGACCCCGCUACUACUUGCUGUCCUCAGUCAUUGGCAGCUACAGGCCCUGCUGCUGUCCAGCUGGGCUCCCACCCCAGGCCUGGCUGGGACAAGGCCUUAGAAUCGACCCAGUCUUGUACUUCUUGGCUGGGGCAUAUGUUACUCACCGAGAUACAGUACUUGAAGCCACAGGAUAAAUGUGGUGCAUCCUCCAAGGGCAUGUUUUUUUAAGAGUUGGGACAGGGAAGUUUUAAUAGUAAAAUAAACAUGGAUUUAUUUUAACAUAA